GAUAUUUGGAAGGACAUUCUAUGAUGCAGUCGGCAUUGAAGUAUUGAAUUCGGCCAUCUGCCACUAACUUAGUCUUCGUGAGUGCCAGCUUCUUCUUAAGGUAAUUCACCAUGGCUGAGAAACCCACAAAAGAAAAGGCGGAAAAGAAGCCUAAGGAGAAAGUAGAAAAGAAGCCUAAAAAGACUAUUGAAAAACCUACUGAACCAGCUAAGCCAAAAAAAUCUAAGCGAAUGAUUAGGAAAAAACCCGGGCGUUUGUAUGCUAAAGCUGUUUUCACAGGGUUUCAGAGAGGUCAAAGAAAUCAGAAUGAAAAUACUGCCCUGCUGGCUGUAGAAGGAUGUAAAACACAGGAAGACAGCAAGUUUUAUGUCGGAAAGAAGUGUGUGUUUGUUUUUAAGGCUAAAAAUCGAACUAGGGUUCCUGGCCCCGUAAAAAAGAAGACCAAGGUUCGCGCCAUUUGGGGUAAAGUAACCAGGACCCAUGGCUGCUCUGGAGCAAUGCUGUAUCCUUCUUUGAUUUAAUUUUGAAAAUAAAUUUUUAUUAUUUCACAAUGGUUUAAUCAAUUUUUCCUAUUCUAAUUGACUUAUAAAUACCUAAUUAGGAAAAUGAUUCCUUAUAUUUUAAGUUACAAUAUAAUAAUGUUACUGUGAAUACUAUAACUUGGUAGUAAACAUAAGAUUGGUUGGUUAUUUGUUUAAUAUGAAAGCCGUAGAAGAAGUUUUUUAAUUCCAUAAACUGUCAAAAAAAAAAUAGUUAAAU